GAAAGUAAAAACAAAUAAUCCGUUUUACGUUGGUGACGUUUGUCAGAAAAGAGUAUUUAACGGCGAGCGUAGAGUUAACUUUCAAUAUUAUAAGCUACAAAACAAUGGCAGACAAGAUUUUGUUUACCUUCCUUUCACUGUGUGUGUGGACUUCAGCAUAUGGACGAAUUGCUAUGGAUCCGCUUUCUAUUCGGGACUUCCCACCUAUUGGCCCAGGUGGUCCAAUUUUGCCCAUUAAACCGAUAAAGCCGUUGCCGCCGCCGACGGGUUCACAGGAGCCACUGGAUCUGGCAUUCAUCAUGGACACAACUGGAAGUAUGUCAUCUUAUAUCCAGACCGCGAGGGAAAAUAUUCGGAGAGUUGUGGACGAAAUUGUACAGAGCUCUAGGACCGACAUCCGCUUUGCUCUGAUCGAAUACAGGGACCACCCGAAAGAGGAGAGCACAUUUGUCGUCAGAAAACACGACUUCACUUCAUCGGUCUCCACAAUGAAAGCUUGGCUAGAAAAUGCCCAAGCCAGGGGCGGUGGCGAUUUACCAGAAGCAGUGGCCGACGCCCUUCAUUCCGGAACUACUCUGUCCUGGCGCCAAAAGGCUGUGAAAAUCGCGGUGCUCGUGUCGGACGCUCCACCACAUGGUUUGGACCCUUCUAUGGACAAUUCUUACCCCCAGGGAUCACCAAACAGUCAUGACCCUAUUGACAUGGCUCAUAAGCUUUCGAAAAAAGGCGUCAAACUUUAUACCGUUGGUUGUGAACCUGCAAUUAUUCCUUACAAAGACUUUUUCAUGGCCCUAGCCUACAUUGCUAGCGGCCAGUACAUUCCUUUGGACGAUCAUAAAGUUUUAAUCGAUGCCAUCAUUGGAGGUGCUAAGGAGGAACUCUCUCUGCAGCAAUUUUCUGCCGACAUUCAACGUGAAAUCCAAAAACAACAGGCAUCCGGUGGAACAGUGGACAGAGCACAAAUUGCAAAAACGGUGUUUGAUCAACUUAGUAGUCAGAAUACGAAAACGACACAUCUUUUGCGCAACAAUAAGCCUCUGGGAGGACCGACAAGCGGGGCUAAAGCAAUAGCUGCGACAACUAGCUUGGCAGAAGCCAGAAAAGUAUUUACAAAAAGUAGUGCGCCUGUUUCUUCGUUAAAGUCCGGUUUCAUGCCAAUGAGAAGAAUGGGUGGUAUUUCGAAAAUGGGUGGAAUGGAUGGUAUUUCGAGUGGUAUUUCGAGAAGGUUACCAUCCAUGCGCAUGGAUUUUGUUCCAAAGAUGGCAUCGGCACCAGGCGCGUCUUCCGGUUCAGGGGGAAAAGAGGCCUUUACAGCUGUGGAGGCUGCAGUUAGUCUUGACCAAAUCGAACGACUUGUGAACGCGGAGGCGGCAAAAGCUGGUGCCUAAUUUUGUUCGGAUAGAUACCGAGUAUUAAUUCAAUUUGAAGUAAACGUAGAAGCCACCACACCCACAACCCGGCGCGAGUGUAUAUAACGAUGCUGGUGGUCGACGUAACUGUUUUGUACCAUGUCGCUAAAGAAAACGUUCAAUAAUAAGCACGUAGUUAAAGUCAAUAGCCAUGUCAUUUAUACGCACGCUUGUUACUGAACGGUAAGGCUAUGUAUAUGGUAGUACAUGUUUAUGACUGUUAUGCAUUAUUUACAUAAAUUGUAGAUUUGUAUGAAUAUGGAAUACAAGUUAUAAAUAAAACAUUUAUCGAAUGA